AGUUUAUGUGAAGACAGUUCUCGGUUAGAUAUGAAACAUGCCAGAGAGUCUAGUAACAGUGCUGGCAGUUGAAGGUGACGUUUACUACAAUGCUUGCAAUGUCUGCUCCAGUAAAGUUGAACUGGUACCUGCAUCUAACAGGGGUUGGUGUAGAAAAUGUAGAGCGUGUACUCACCCCAACAGAAGGUACAGACUCUCCCUGAAAAUCAGUGAGCACUCCGCCCCCUUUCUCAUCACCUUGUUCGGGUCACGUGCUGACAACCUGUUCGGAUGUACUGCUCCUAAUUUCUUCAGGACAGUCCAGGAGUUGAAUUUGUCGAACACACAAAUUCUGCGUUCUGUUCAAAGAGCUCUCCUUAGUGAGGUAGUCAAAGUGGCACGUAAUGCUGAGGGCGGGAUAACUGGUGCUGUAUUUGCUGUCGAGAAUAAGAGAAUUGUCGAUCACGUGCGCCAACUCGACCUUACAACUGGCACCAAUUUUUCACCCGUUCCUCUUCGCAUUCCUGCUGACCGGCUUGAGAUCAGCUCUCCUUCAAAUUCUAACAACCGUCACCAUGACAAAUCUUUGCUGGUCCACAACUCAACGCCUCUUUUCUCUCAGCUCAGUUUAGAGGAUCUGGGUGAGAACUUGGGCAGCCUCAGUCCUGUUGUAUCUGAUUUUAAUAUUAGCUCCACUACACAUAAUUCUCGGAGGUACCCAGAAAACGAAUGUAGUAAGCAUGGAAAUAGCAACCAUGACAAUUCCAGUAACCAUGGCAAUCAUUAUAACCCUAGUAAUAAUUUGAGGCGUGGUAAACGCAUGAGAUGCAGAGUUCAGAAUAUCGUACACAUCCCACUUACUCAAAACGAUUCCCUGCAUGAGAAUAUAAGACCGCCUGACUGUGACACAUCAGUGAAAGAAACUCAUCUGCUCAAAACUGAAACUUCUAGUGACAGUGAUGUGAUAUUAGAGCUCAUGAAAUCAGAUGACUUUAGUUUAUUUGAAGAUAAGGAGAACGUGCCGGUUAUCUCAGAUUUUAUAGGUGUACAGAAAGAUGAUGUACAGAAAGAUGAUGUACAGAAAGAUGAUUUCAGUUUAUUUGAAGAAACUGAAAAUAUGCUGAGUGUAUCAGAUUGUAAAGAGAGAAACAUGAGCUGCAACCUAACUAACUCUCAAGACUUUGAUAGUUUCGAUGUAGGCAGUAUUUCAGCUGCUCUCCCCACCCUCCCUCUCCCUACUAACAGUGUCACUACAAGUCCUCUGUGUUCAGAUGACGAUUUGUUUGCUAACUCUCCCGGAACUAAAGAAGAACCAGCAUUGAGCGAACAUGACUGGUCUAACUUUAGUGCUAUGUCAGAGUGUAAUACUAGCACUAAAUCUAACGUGGUUCCCAUGGUAACAGGGGUGCUCUCUGAACAAGAUGAAGAUGUAUCAAACUGUUCGGUUGAACUGUUCUAGAUUUAAAACCGUAUUAGAAUUAAUUUAUAAUUAUUUUGUCGUAAAUCUAAGCUUUUUUAACUUUACCGGUUACCCUCUUUCUACUCGAUAACCAUAGGCCAAGGGCCCAGAAUCACUUGUUCUAGUGUACAGUGACUGGGGGAGCUGUUAUUUUAUACAAAAUAUAUUAUGAAGGGUAGAAUUGCUUGCUCUUAGAUUCAAGCCUCGUUAAAUACCUUUUCGCUUGACCGUAAACAAACGCUCAAACCACAAAAAUGUGUUUUAUCUGCCCGGGAAGAGAUCAGAGAUUUUUAGAGCCGAUGCUGUUGAGCUUUAUCAAUUUGAUGAAUGGCUCAAAAACGGUACAAUUAAAAUGUUUGGUGCAAUAAAAUUGUUAAUUUAUAUAGUGCAGCAUUUAUUUAUGUUUAAUUAUGUUGUACACUAAAACUUAUGUCAUGUUUGAAAUCAUAUUGAUAAUGAUAAUACAACGUG